AGCAUAAAAAGCUUUUAUUUUAUUUUUUGUAAUAUAAUCAGCACAAUAUUUUGUGCUUUUUCACUUUUGAUUUUGUUGUCUUGUUUCAGCUUAGAAGAAGACAGAGGAGAGCUUUUGUCUUUUUGAUUAGCAAAAUCCAAGAUUGCAGCAAAUUGGAGCAGAAGUUCAGCUCUCCCACUUUCGACUUAUAAUGGGAGGUGUAUUGGGUAAGAAUGAAUCUCCCUCUAGUCCAAAGGCUUCUGUCCCAGAGACUAAGCUCGAGGCCAAAAUAACUGAAGCGAUGUUGCGGAGAGAAACUGAAGGAAGUUCCAUAAGAUCAUUUGAUAGCUUAGUCCUAAAAUUUCCCAAAAUCGAUGAGAACCUGCGAAAAUGCAAAGUUAUAUUCCAGGAAUUUGAUGAAGACAGCAACGGAGCAAUAGACCCGCAGGAGUUGAAACACGCUUUCAAUAAGCUUGAGAUUAAUUUUACUGAUGAAGAAAUCAGCGAUCUAUUUGAAGCCUGUGAUAUUAACGAAGAUAUGGGAAUAGAGUUCAGCGAAUUCAUCGUUCUUCUUUGUCUUGUCUAUCUUCUGAAGGAUGAUCCUUCUGCUCUGCAUGCUAAAUCGCGAAUGGGACUACCAAAUCUGGAGGUAACAUUUGAAACACUUGUUGAUGCUUUUGUGUUUUUGGACAAGAACAAGGAUGGCUAUGUAAGCAGGAAUGAGAUGGUUCAAGCAAUUAAUGAAACUAUAUCUGGAGAAAGGUCUUCUGGUCGAAUAGCAAUGAGAAGAUUUGAAGAAAUGGACUGGGACAAAAAUGGAAUGGUGAACUUCAAAGAGUUCCUUUUUGCCUUUACUCAUUGGGUGGGAAUCGAGGACAACGAGGAUGAAGAGGGAGAAGAGUAAGAUUUCUCACAAAACUUUAACUAUAUGAAGAGCAAGAACGAAAACUUCACAAUGACCACGAACAUAAGUUCCCUUGCCUUCAGUAAUAAACAAGUUGUAACACCGGGGUGUGUUGAUACAUCUUAUGAUGAUCACUCGUGUAAAUGAAGUUUCUCUACUUCCUUCUAGUAUGCGAAUAGUGCUAGAUAUAUGUGUUGCAGUGAAGCAACAUUAACUUCCAUUUAACCAUUUUGUACCAUUAAAGUUAUAAGUUUAUGGAUUUUGAGUUGUGAUUUCA